CGUCUGUCCGAAAUAAAGACUUUAUCUGAAAGUUUCUCCUCCUCCACAGCACUUUCAGCCGGGCUGCCCGAGUUCCUGUGCUUGUGUUUUCGGAGCAAAUGUGCACUUUUUUCUCCUGCUUUUUGUUCCCAUGAUGGUUAAGGGAAACAGUCGCAGAGGUACCAUCAUCAUCCCUGGAGACAGGGGUGGACUUGUUGUUCGUCCGAGAAUCUAACGGACCAGCACCUUUUUCUUGACUGUUACCUGCCUUGCUGGCCAUGGCAAUGGGCGGGUGUCGGAUCGCCCUGCUCUUCUGCUGCGUCUCUCUGGCCGCUCGCGUGGGCACUUUGGCCGCUUUCUACGCCAUUCCUCUGAAGAUGUUCAGCGGACACUUCAACUCGUCCGCGGCGCUGGACCUCAGCUCCCUGUCGAAAGUGGAGCCCACGGCGGACGGACUCUCUCUGGCCUCCGACUCCGCGGGGAAGGUGAACUUUCUGGACAUGGUGGACAACCUCGAGGGCGACUCUGGAAAGGGGUAUUACAUUGAGAUGUUCAUAGGCACUCCAGCUCAGACGCUCAACAUCCUGGUGGACACAGGGAGCAGUAACUUUGCAGUGGCUGCUGCCCCCCACCCCUAUGUGACACACUACUUUGACAGAGUUCUCUCCAGUACCUACAGAUCAACUGAUACUAGGGUGGCUGUGAAAUACAUCCAGGGCUACUGGGAGGGAGAGCUGGGAAUUGACCGGGUCUCCAUCCCCAAAGGUCCGAAUGGCACUGUCUCUGUCAACAUUGCUGCCAUUCUCAGCUCUGAUACCUUCUUUUUUCCUGGCACCAACUGGCAAGGUAUUCUGGGACUGGCAUACCCCGUGCUGGCACAGCCCGACAGCUCAGUGGAGCCCUUCUUCGAUUCAUUGGUGAGGCAGACAGGAAUUCCAGAUGUGUUCUCCCUCCAGAUGUGUGGAGCUGGAAUCUCUGCCAGUGAGAGCAGUGAUCCUGCUGCAGGAAGUCUAAUCAUCGGAGGAAUCGAACCCACUCUGUACAAGGGGUCAGUGUGGUACACCCCAAUUAAAGAAGAGUGGUACUACCAAGUGGAAAUUUUGAAGCUGGAGGUCGGCGACCAAAAUUUAAUUCUGGACUGUAAAGAGUACAACAGAGACAAAGCCAUUGUUGACAGCGGAACCACCUUUUUGCGACUCCCCGAGAAUGUGUUCAACGCCGUCGUCGAUGGCAUCAUACAAACAUCACUGAUACAGUUCUCUGCGGACUUUUGGACCGGGACCAAGCUGGCCUGCUGGUUGAAAGGCCAGAAUCCUUUGCGGCUCUUCCCCAAACUCUCAAUCUACCUGAGAGCACUGAAUGCCAGCCAGUCCUUCCGGAUUACCAUCUUCCCACAGCUGUACAUCCAGCUUAUUUCAGAGAUUGAUGAUGACUUUGAAUGCUUCCGCUUUGGAAUUUCCUCAUCUGCAAAUGGCCUGGUAAUCGGAGCCACUGUCAUGGAGGGCUUCUAUGUAGUCUUUGACCGGGUCCGGAAGAGGGUGGGCUUUGCAGUGAGCACAUGUGCAGAGAGCAGUGGGGUGGCACUGUCGGAGAUCGCAGGCCCGUUUGCUGCAGCUGACGUGUCCUCGAACUGCCUGGGGGACUCGGUGUUAUAUGAGCCCAUAUUGUGGGCAGUCUCUUAUGCGUUGAUGGGUGUUUGCGCCCUGGCCCUCCUCAUCCUGCUCCUCCUCAUGGCAUUCCCCUGCCAUUGCCGCCGUGGCGACAGGACUGGUGAGAUCACUGAUGAGUCCUCGCUGGUCCGCAACCGCAUCAAGUGAAGCAUGAGGGGAGGCCAGACAAAUGCAGUUGCCAAGGGGGAAACCAUCACAGACAACCUGGGUAUCUUUUCUACAGUAUUGGAUUCCGCUCAUUCCUUCAUUUCUGUAUUUAGACCAUUUUCUGAUUUUUGAUAAGUCAGUUUAAGGUAAAUUAUGCACUAAAAGAAGCAUGCACCUGUUGCACAGGUUUGGAGGUGACCCAGAUCUUUUAUGUUCUUAGUUGUCUUUUCAUAUAGAAGGAUGACCAUAAAAUUGGCUGUUCCGCAUCGGGUUGCCUCAUUUCUCGUCUUCCUCAGCAGUGAGCUUAUGAGGAUUUUGAGAUAGAAAUGCAAAAUAUGCUGCAAGUGCCAUACAAGGUAUGACUGUAUGAGGGUGUGAAUGACUGGUCAUUUCUGGUAUGUUUCACCUGAUCACAUUAGUGACCUCACCAUAGGUUCAGCCCAGUCUCACAGUGCCCUGGGCAUUUGUCAGCCUGCCAGCGUAAACAAGAGAUACGUGCUCAAGAGGAGGAGAUGCAGUUGUUGUAGCUUGAGGAAUUCCAUGGAGGAGGAUUUUUCUGACCUACAACUGUGUUCACUUUGGACUUGGGACUGACAGACCCAGUGAAAGCAAGAGCCAAAACACUUGCUGUAGAAAUAUUGACAUAUUGGAAGUGACUGACAUUUAGUAGAAAACAUGAAUAGUCUUUUUCACAGGCAGAAUUUGACAAGGCUGUUUUGAUGCACUUUUUUUGUUCAUUGGAGCUCUGGACUUAAUUUUUUUGACAAUAGGAAAUAUACUUUACAUUUCAGUGCCUGAAGUACAAUUGCCAAAAAACAAAUCAUGUACCCACAUUGUGUGGGGCUUUGUAAAAAUUAAUUUCACAUGUAACAAAGCAGAAAUGUUUCAGUGGAAUAUACGGUAAUAGUUUUCAAUGCUAAGCUGACUCAAUGAUUGUAUAUUACCAAGGAGGAAGUCUUGACUGCAAGCCCUCUUUUAAAGUAUAUGAAAACCUUAUACUUAUUACAAGUACAAAUAUAAAAGACCAUAUGACAUAGUGUGUUUUCAAAAAAGUUAUAGCUCAAAAUGUCCCCACUUCAGAUUUUUCUCCUUACUGUAACUUUUGCAGAAGUAAAUGCAAACUCUUACUUAUUAAGAUUGAGGGCUUGGUUGUAGUUGACUAUGCAAACAACUAAAGUAAACUUAUUUGUAAUGUUGCAUACAUAUUCAUAAUUUAAAUGCUGGUUUUAAAAAUCAUAUUUAAAGUGAACUGUUUAAUUGGUAACGUGUUCCUACAAACAGUGGUUUCAGUUUACAGUUUAAGUACUUUGUGUGUGGAAUAAAGUGCUGAAACAUGAAAAUAAAGUAUGCCUUUUUCCAUAAAGAAUGUGUACAUACAUUAGUAGCAAGUGGUUGUGUUCCAUUAAAUAAAGGAAUAUUAUAUACCUAUAGUUUUUUUUUUCUGCUGACUCACUGAAAAUUAGUGGGUAGGUAUGUUCCUCCACACCCUACAUCUCCAGUGACGGCCGACAAAAGAGACAGCAAAACAUGAGCCAUUUUCACAAUAUAGAAAGAGGUGUGACGCUCGUAAUGGUUACCAUCCUGUUCUUCCUGGCUGGCAGCUUGAAUGUCUACAGUGGAAUUUUGCAAUUCAAUAAGUUUAUAGAAUUACAAGACAUUUUUCAGCAACAUUUGGUUAGUUUAUCCAGAAACUUAAUUACAUUUUAAAAUAUUUCAAGUUCAGACAUCCUACAUAUAUCCAGUUUUAUGUACUAGGAUA